CAUCAUGGGCUUCUGGAAGUUCUUUCCCUUUCUGGCUCUCAGCAGCGUAUGGAUCCUGUGCCUGGCCAGCAGCAGCCAGGCAGCCCCUUUCAGGUCAGCCUUGGAGAGCAGCCUAGACCCGGCUACCCUCAGCGAACAGGAAAAGCGCCUCCUGCUGGUUGCACUGAUGCAGAACUACUAUGAGCAGGCCAGGAAGCUGGAGCAGGAGGAGCAGGAGGCUGAGGGCUCCAGCUCUGGCAGCAAGCAGCUUGGUAAUGAUCAGAUAAACACUUCUGAGACGAUGCUGGAACCGAUGUUCUUAACUUUAGCAAGCAUCACUGGCCAGAAGAGAUCCUGCAACACUGCCACUUGUGUGACCCAUCGACUAGCGGGCUUUCUGAGCAGAUCAGGAGGUGUGGCGAAGGACAACUUUGUGCCUACCAAUGUGGGCUCCAACACCUAUGGCCGGCGCCGCAGGGACCUUCAUGCCUGAAUAGCUAAUGGCCCCCGAGGAGGAGGUUAUGUGAAGCAGAAUUCACCAUGCCUAUUAAUUUUUGUUAACAGCGACCUGGAAAGAGGGCCCCAUGGACAAUGUUGUGUAUGCUUUCAUCCUGAAAGAUACUGGAGAAAAUCACUGUUGUCACCUGAGAGGAAUGAAAUUGAAUAUAAAUUAGUUAAUUCUG